AUGAAAAAGAACCGGCCGUUUCUGAAGCUAACAAAGGGCAAAAACAUAAGGAAAAGGAAAACAAAUGAAGAUGAAGAUGAAGACUCCAGAAAUGGCACAUCCCCGUCACACAAUCAGAAGAGGGCUUUGAAGCCUGACAAUAAGUUAUACUUUUCGACUGGAUCCCCCAGGAGUGCUGCUCUCAAUGAAUCAGAUACAGAAUUUGACAAACCGAUUUUUCAAUUUGAGUCUUCGAAGGAACUUCAAGUUCAAAAUGAUAGCAGAGCUACCGCAACCUUAGAAACUGAGACUGAAGGAGGCUUUGAAGGGGAAAGCCAAAGCUCUGUGGGAGAGAAGUUGUAUAAAGGAAAGCAUGGCUAUGUGGAUCAUAAGGCUGCGUUUGAAGGGAGCAGACAGUUGCCAGUGAGAAAGCUGGUGGCUCACGUUAGGGCUUCUGCCCACAUCAGGGUUUCAGAGAGAUUUGAUUAUCAACCUGACAUCUGUAUAGACUACAAAGAAACUGGUUACUGUGGUUAG